AGUGUCAGAAGUCUGAAGUGUCAAUCAGUGAUAGGAAUAGUACCAAUCAUGUCGAUCUCGGUUCCUCGCAGGCAACUCUUCAUCGAUGGCGAAUGGAAGGAGCCAUUCCAGCGCAAGCGGAUUCCGAUCAUCAACCCCGCCACGGAAGCCUCAAUCGGGGAUAUACCAGCAGCCACUGCGGAGGAUGUGGAUAUUGCGGUGGAUGCUGCUCGGAGGGCUCUAACCAGGAACAGAGGCAGCGAGUGGGCGCGUGCCUCUGGUGCUCACAGGGCUAAGUAUCUUCGAGCUAUCGCUGCUAAGAUAACAGAAAGGAAGCCUGAGCUGGCCAAGUUAGAGGCAAUUGAUUGUGGGAAGCCUUUGGAUGAAGCCGCAUGGGACGUGGAUGAUGUUGCUGGCUGUUUUGAGUACUAUGCAGAUCUUGCAGAAGCCUUAGAUGGAAAGCAAAGGGCUCCAAUCUCUCUUCCUAUGGAAACAUUCAAAUCAUAUGUUCUAAAAGAGCCCAUUGGAGUUGUUGGAUUAAUUACUCCAUGGAACUAUCCCCUACUGAUGGCUACAUGGAAAGUUGCUCCUUGCCUGGCAGCUGGUUGCACAGCCAUACUAAAGCCCUCUGAAUUGGCUUCAGUGACUUGUCUAGAACUUGCUGAUAUCUGUAGAGAAGUAGGGCUCCCUCCUGGUGUUCUAAACAUUUUGACAGGGUUUGGUCCUGAAGCUGGUGCUCCUUUAGCAUCUCAUCCUCUUGUGGACAAGAUUGCAUUUACUGGGAGUACAGAAACUGGUAGAAAGAUCAUGACUGCUGCUGCACAAAUUGUCAAGCCUGUUUCGUUGGAGCUUGGUGGUAAAAGUCCCAUCAUUGUAUUUGAAGAUGUGGACAUUGAGAAAGCUGUUGAAUGGGCUCUUUUUGGGUGCUUUUGGACAAAUGGUCAAAUAUGCAGUGCAACUUCACGCCUUCUAGUCCAUGAGGACAUUGCAAAUGAGUUCAUAGAGAGACUUGUUUCUUGGGCAAAGAGCAUCAAGAUCUCUGAUCCAUUUGAAGAAGGUUGCAGGCUUGGCCCUGUCGUCAGUGCUGGGCAGUAUGAGAAGGUAAACAAAUUUAUUUCUACAGCGAAAAGUGAGGGUGCCACUAUUCUAUGUGGCGGUGGGCGGCCCCAGCAUCUUGGAAGGGGAUUUUUUAUUGAGCCAACGAUCAUAGCUGGUGUGAAUACCACCAUGCAAGUUUGGAGGGAGGAGAUUUUUGGUCCUGUAUUGUGUGUUAAAACAUUCAAAACAGAAGAUGAGGCUAUUGAAAUUGCAAAUGAUACUCACUACGGAUUGGGUGGUGCUGUACUCUCCAAAGAUGCUGGAAGGUGCCAGCGAUAA